AUGGAUAUCUACGUCCUUAGCAUCCCUAGCAUGAAGGAUGACCUACUUAAGGAUCUGUUUGUUGAGCUUCCCCGAAGAUGCGUUGUCUUGCUAGAGGAUAUUGAUGCUGUAAACGCCACGCGCUCUCGAGAUUCUAGCGAAGAGGAUUCAGACAGCGAUGGAGAGACGCGAUCACAAAACACAGGGUUGACUCUUUCAGGUCUUCUCAAUGUCCUCGAUGGUGUUUCUUCCCAAGACGACCGAGUGCUGAUUAUGACGACUAAUCAUCCUAGAAAGCUAGAUGCCGCCCUCACUAGGCCUGGUCGAGUUGAUAAGAAGAUUUCUUUCCAGCUUGCUAGUAGAACCGUCGCUAAGGAAAUCUACUGCUUCAUGUUUGGGCAAGCAGGAGAUGUUGAUACACAGCCAGGCCCGAAUGAAAAGAUUAAGAAUCAAGGGGAAGAGUUCGCAGCAAAGAUACCGGAGUUGAAGUUCAGCCCUGCGGAGGUAAUGGCGUAUCUGCAGCAGUAUUGGGAUUCACCGGCUAGUGCAAUAGAGCACUGUAGGGAAUGGGUUGAUGAUCUCAUCCAAGAAAAGGAGAUCAAUGCAGCAUCAUUAGAGAAUGAUGAAACUGAACUGGCUUGA